UGGCGCGCCGCGAUAAGACAAAAAAGAUUGUUUAACCUCAUAUUCAGUGACGACUCGAUCAUCGUUUAACAAAGAUCGAGAUAUUUUAACGUACUUCUCGAAGUUCGUCAGCAACAUCAGUCCGUUCAUCGAACUGUUCGUGUCCAGCGAACCGCGACCUGUCGAACAGUUCGUUAGUACCGAAGGUCAAUAUCUAGUGAUUUGUCAAAGUCACUAGACAUUUUAUCUGGGAAUAUUCACAGUGUAGAAAUUAAAAAAAUAUAUAUAUAUUAUGGUCAACACUGUUCUGACCACACUUUCCGUGCUUAAAAGUCACGUGAAUUUUAAAGUCAAUCAGGAUGCUGUGUUCAUUGAUAAUAUUGUUUUUCGCCUCCACUACAGAGUUACUUUUAUCGCCCUUCUCGUCGCCUCUCUUCUCGUCUGCUCCAGAGAAUUUUUUGGCGAGCAUAUCAGAUGUAUAGCGGAUACGUCUGUGGCGCCUCACGUUAUAGACACCUUCUGUUUCUUUAUGUCGACGUUCACAGUGGUGAAACAUAUGAAUGCAACCGUCCUGGAGCAAGGGAGCAUACCACAUCCCGGAAUAGGACCGGUCAAUGAUGAUGAUCCUAUAGUCUACCAUGCAUACUAUCAAUGGGUACCAUUUGUAUUGUUUUUCCAAGCAAUAUUAUUCUACCUGCCUCAUGCCAUAUGGAAAAAUCUUGAAGAUAACCGCCUGAACGUUCUUGUGUCAGGACUGCACGUGGCCUCUUUGGCUCUAGGCGACAAAGAAACGAUAGUGAACGACCGUCUGACGAUACCGUCGAAGAACUUUCGGGGGGAAAGAAUUUGGCAAAUUCGUCAAGCAUUUAUAAACCGGUUACAUAUCAAUAAACCCUGGGCCUAUUACCUUGGCUUAUGCGAGCUCUUGAACUUUGUCAACGUCUUGAUGCAGAUUUAUAUAACUGAUAAAUUCUUAGGUGGGACCUUUUUGGGUCUUGCCGAUACUAUUGCCGAUGGUACUUAUACAGAUCACAUGGAUCCUCUAGACAUCGUCUUUCCAAAAGUUACCAAGUGCACGUUUCACAAGUAUGGUCCUUCCGGGUCGAUGCAGAAACACGAUGCUCUGUGUGUUAUGGCUUUGAAUAUUAUAAAUGAAAAAAUUUAUACUUUCCUUUGGUUCUGGUUCGCGAUACUGGCUAUAUUAACCGGGCUCGGAUUACUGUGGCGAAUUCUUACAAUGAUUUUACACGCCAGGAGCGAUAUUUUCAACAGAAUCGUCUUCUCCAUGGCUUCGCCUGGGAAGUACAAUCCAUGGACAGUUCUCAGAGUGACAAAUCACUAUUCCUUUGGGGACUGGCUCUUCAUUUAUUACAUUGCCAAAAAUUUGGAUAGCUACGUCUUCAAGGAUCUGUUCGAACAUCUGGCAAGGGAUUUGGAAAACAGACGAAAGUCAAGCUACACUCUUUAUCCUGAAUUUGAAGAGGAGCCCCUGACGAUGGACGCUUAAAACUAUUUUCCAAAAAAGUGACAAUUUGCUGAUACUCGUUUCAAGUAAACAUCUAAUCCCUUGACAUGAAAAUUAGUACCCCCCACUUUUUCUAUUUGAUCAUAUAGAAAGUUUGUAUUAGACGCCGAAGACUGGAUAGAUUUUCUAACCCGCGUUCAGGAUCGUUAGGACAGUUAUGAUCGUUAGAUAAAACGAAGGGGGUCCAUGACGGGGAAAGGGGAGCCUUGGUCACACUACGCACGUACACGUAUUUAAGAGUACAAGAACGAGACUGAUUGUGAAAAGUAGAAGGAUAAAGAAAGUUCAGUUAAAGAAAAAUAAAAAAAAAAAGAGAAAAGCAGAAAGUCGGUACCAGAUAUGAGAAAAAAUGAGGGCAGCUGUAUUGGAAUUUGUAGUUAUUUAUUUGUCAAUUAAUUAAGAUACUGUAUUUCCUCGCUAUUUGCGGGGAUUGAGUUUUUGGAAAUCGUGCGAAUAGCAAAGCCGCGAUUAAUGGGACUCCAACUACGUAAAUGCCAAGAGCAGAUAAAUAUUUUUGGGCAUUUUCGGUGGCAAAGAAGCCGAACUAGCAAGACUCUAUGCGAAUGCCGGGAGGAGAUGAAUUUUCGUAAGUUCUUCGACCGCGAACGAGCACGAUACGAGUAACAUUAAAUCCUAAAAAAAAAAAAAAAAUUACUGUACACUUAAUCAUUAAUAAAGAAUCAAUUUACUACAAUGUU